AUGGGCAUCAAAGACCGAAUCCGAAUGAGCAGCUCCCAGAAGCGGACAGGUCCAUCCAAACAGCGCCUGGCACCGCCACCAAUUCCCACCUCGCCAAGCAGUGAGCAGGUGGGCGAGGCGUCCAGCCCCAGCAAGGUGCAGAAAAGCUGGAGUUUCAAUGACUGUACCGGCUUCCGGGCCUCUCUGAGACUCAAGCCCCGCUGCUCUGUGGAGGAGGGCCCCUCGGAGGAAGCAGCUGAGGAGAAGAGCUACCAGUGUGAGCUCACGGUGGAUGAUGUCAUGCCUGCUGUGAAGACGGUCAUCCGUUCUGUCAGGAUUCUGAAGUUCCUGGUAGCCAAAAGGAAAUUCAAGGAGACACUGCGGCCAUAUGACGUAAAGGAUGUCAUCAAGCAGUAUUCAGCAGGACACCUGGACAUGCUGGGGCGAAUCAAGAGCCUGCAGGCUCGGGUGGAUCAAAUUGUGGGUCGAGGGCCUGGGGACCGCAAGAGUCAGGAGAAGGGCGAUAAGGGUCCUUCAGACACGGAGGCAGUGGAUGAAAUCAGCAUGAUGGGGCGUGUAGUUAAGGUGGAAAAGCAGGUGCAGUCCAUUGAGCAGAAGCUGGAUCUGCUGCUGGGCUUCUACUCGCGCUGCCUACGCUCUGGCACCUCGGCCAGCCUGGGCACCGUGCAAGUGCCGCUCUUCGACCUGGACAUCACCUCGGACUACCACAGCCCUGUAGACCACGAGGACAUCUCUGUCUCAGCACAGACGCUCAGCAUCUCUCGCUCAGUCAGCACCAACAUGGACUGA